CACAAUGACAACGGAAGCUUCAAGGUACCGACUAACUUUUCCCAAACUUGUAAAAGAAAAUCUGUACAGGGUCGCAUCUGAUCAUUAAAAUCCCUAAGGAAGUCCUCAUCUCACACACCAUCCUCCUAGCUGGGAAUUUUUCCUGUUCCUUGCACGUCUUUCUCUCACUUUACUUGCUUGCCCCUUCCUGGAAAUCGAUCUACCGAUUUAUAAAUUCGCCGUACUAGGCACCUGAAACCCCAAUGCAACCGUAAAUCACUAUUUUUGUCAAAAUGGCAACCCGGUUUCGAAUCUCUGCCCUGCUUUUGUUGUUGCUGUGUGCAUGGACAUCUCCUUCGUUCGCUGACGACUUACGGCUGCCGGAUAGCGCGAGCUUCCCGCAAGCGCAGGCUGAAAGGUUCAUCAGAGCGCUGAACUUGAUGCCCGGUGUUGCAGAAGCCCCGGAAGAGUACGGGAAUGAAGGGCCUCGCUUGGUGGAAAGAAAGAUUAAUCUUCAUAUCAAUGGCGAUUCGGGUAGCACCGCUUCACUGGAAGACCUCGGUCACCAUGCCGGAUAUUAUCAGCUCGAGCAUACUCAUGCCGCCAAGAUGUUCUACUUCUUCUUUGAGUCUCGAGGAAGCAAAGCAGAUGAUCCUGUUGUUCUCUGGAUGACUGGAGGUCCUGGGUGUAGCAGCGAACUAGCUGUGUUUUAUGAGAAUGGGCCUUUCAAGAUUACAGACAAUUUGACUCUGGUCUGGAAUGACUAUGGAUGGGACAAGGUAUCAAAUCUCAUCUUUGUGGAUCAGCCUACUGGAACUGGUUUUAGUUACAGCACUGACGUACGUGACUACCGUCAUGAUGAGACUGGUGUUGGUAAUGACAUGUAUGACUUUUUACAGGCAUUUUUUAAAGAACACCCCCAAUAUGCAAAGAAUGACUUUUUUAUCACUGGGGAAUCAUAUGCUGGACAUUAUAUUCCAGCUGUUACAAGUAGGGUUCAUCAAGGAAACAAAGCAAGCGAGGGUCUUCCCAUAAAUUUGAAGGGAUUUGCCAUUGGCAAUGGACUUACCAAUCCAUUAAUCCAAUAUAAAGCAUACACAGAUUAUGCACUGGAGAUGGGUUUGAUUGCAGAAGAUGAUUACAAGCGAAUCAACAAAAUCUAUCCAGCUUGUGAACUGUCUAUUAAACUUUGUGGUACCAAGGGAACUGUGUCUUGUUUUGCAUCAUAUUUGAUUUGCACCUCAAUUUUCAACUCCAUUAUGUCAAUAGUUGGGGAUAUCAAUUAUUAUGAUGUUAGGAAGAAGUGUGAUGGAAGUCUUUGCUAUGAUUUUGGAAAUAUGGAGAGUUACUUGAACCAGGGGUCUGUUAGGGAUGCUCUGGGGGUUGGUGAUAGAAAAUUUGUCUCUUGUAGCCCUACUGUUUAUGAAGCUAUGGUUACCGAUUGGAUGCGAAAUCUGGAAGUAGGCAUUCCUGCACUCAUAGAGGAUGGAAUCAAUCUGUUAGUGUAUGCAGGGGAAUAUGAUCUUAUUUGCAACUGGCUUGGUAACUCGAGAUGGGUGAAUUCCAUGGAGUGGUCAGGCCAUGAGGAAUUUAUUAAGGCAGCCACAAAAUCCUUCCUUGUAGAUGACAAAGAAGCAGGUUUAAUAACCAGUCAUGGAUCCCUUAGUUUCCUCAAGGUUCAUGAUGCAGGUCAUAUGGUCCCAAUGGAUCAGCCAAAGGCAGCAUUAGAGAUGCUAAGACGCUGGACAAAAGGAAAUACUCUUGAUGGUAGCUCUGAGAUGCUAGAAACAGUACCAAAGUCAUCAGAGAAAAGUUCUUCACAGUAGUUUCUCAAAUAAACCCACAUAAUGUUGAGAUUUGUUUUCAACAAUACAAGCUUCUAUGUAAAUAUUUUCAUAAUUCAGCACCAUGCACACCCAUAAUCUGGUAUAUUUUUAGAAUCGGUGAACAAAUGUAGUGCUGAAAUCAUCAAGUCUUCUGCUUAAGUUCUAAUGACCAUAUUAAUUGCUAUAGGAAUGACAGUAUAUUAUUGUUCA